AUGUAUGGUCAAAACAAUGAAAAAACUUAAUGUAUUGUAAAUCUUACUAAAUGCGCCUAAUUAUAUACACUCGUGACCGAUGAACUACAUUCAACUUUUUUCUUAAAAACAAAAAUACAAUUUUUCAAAAAAAAUAAUAAUGAACAAACUUAGCAAAAGAAAAAAAAAAUCGCAAGACAUCACCCGACGUAAACCAAGACAAAAGUUUUGGUUUAGUUAGACCAAAUUCUACUCUUUUCUUUUGGUUAAGAACCAACGUAAACUCUAGUUGUUCGUUUCCUCUAGUCCAGUGAUCGUUUAAUCUUCCAUAAUCGUUGGACAAAAUGAUACGAAAAAAUUCAGUAUACUUUGAAUGUAUAGAAUGAUGCUUUUGAGUACACCAUACUUGCGGAAUACCAUAUGCUGUGUUUUCUUUUCGAGAACACCGUAUGCAAUGUUCGCAGCGUGAGAACUAAUAACGUGUAGGUAUAAAAGUAGUUGACGAAUGAUACAAGUUUGUGGAAGUGAAUUAAUCGAUGGGAUGAAAAAGUCAUGGACUAUGGAACACAACAUUUUGCUUGCCUGCUAGGUUCGUCAUAAUAAUUUAACUUCGAGUUUUCUUGCGAAGUAACUUAGGAUGUAGAGAUAUAUAUAUAUGCAAGUUAGGACAAAAACUAAUAAGAAUAAAGAAAAAAGAAAGAAAGGAAGUGGUGGGGAGAGAUGAAAGGGGUAAAGAACAUUUACCACCAUUCUUACACCUUCUCGUUCUUGCUAGUCUUCCUUGUCUUGAUUAUAUUUCAUCCGGCCCUUUCGACCUAUGUCAACACUAUGCUGUCUUCAGAAUCUCUCACAAUCUCAAGCAAUAGAACACUUGUAUCUCCCGGUGGAGUCUUCGAGCUCGGUUUCUUCAAACCCUCGGGACGCUCGCGCUGGUAUCUCGGAAUAUGGUAUAAGAAGGUCCCCCGGAGAACCUACGCAUGGGUCGCCAACAGAGACAACCCUCUCCCCAAUUGCAGUGGGACCCUCAAAAUCUCUGGCAACAAUCUUGUCCUGCUAGGUCAGUCUAAUAACACUGUUUGGUCGACAAAUCUUACAGAUGUAAUGAGAUCUCCAGUGAUAGCAGAGCUUCUGCCCAACGGUAAUUUUGUAAUGAGAUACUCCAACAACAACAACUCCAGUGGGUUCUUGUGGCAGAGUUUCGAUUUUCCGACAGACACUUUACUUCCGGAUAUGAAACUAGGUUACGAUCUCAAAACAGGCCGCAACAGGUUCCUUACAUCAUGGAGAUCAUAUGAUGAUCCGUCAAGCGGGAAUACCACGUACAAACUCGACAUUCGAAGGGGAUUGCCUGAGUUUAUUCUUAUAAAUCAACGUGUUGAAAUACAAAGGAGCGGUCCGUGGAAUGGAAUCGAGUUUAGUGGCAUACCGGAGGUGCAAGGAUUAAAUUACAUGGUUUACAAUUAUACGGAGAACAAUAAAGAGAUCGCUUACUCGUUCCAUAUGACCAACCAAAGCAUCCACUCCAGAUUGACAGUCAGUGACUAUACACUCAAUCGAUUCACGUGGAUCCCACCAUCACAGGGGUGGAGCCUGUUCUGGGCUUUACCAACGGACGUGUGCGAUUCGCUUUACCUCUGUGGAUCUUAUUCUUACUGUGACCUAACCACGUCACCUAACUGUAACUGUAUUAGAGGGUUCGUUCCCAAGAACACUCAGCAGUGGGACUUGAAAGACGGAUCACAGGGGUGUGUGAGGAGGACGCGGCUGAGCGGUAGUGGAGAUGGGUUUUUGCGGCUAAAUAACAUGAAGUUGCCGGAUACUAAGACUGCCACGGUGGAUCGGACCAUUGAUGUGAAAAAAUGUGAAGAGAGGUGUCUUAGCGAUUGUAACUGUACGUCGUUUGCUAUUGCGGAUGUUCGAAACGGCGGAUUGGGUUGUGUGUUUUGGACCGGAGAGCUCGUUGAGAUCAGGAAAUACGCCGUCGGUGGUCAAGAUCUUUACGUCAGAUUGAAUGCUGCUGAUCUAGGCACUGGUUAACUCUAAUAAGGAAGAUGCAUAAAAUAUGGUAGCUGGAUAAUAAAAGUGCGGGUCUACACACUGAGGUUGUAGCAGAAUAGCCGAAUAUAUACAUUGCAGUGGUAAUAUUAUAAGACUAAGUGACAUAUUAUAAAUAUUUAUAAAAUAGUCAAAUUAUAUUCAAUGAAAAUGUUGUUUCCACUUGUUGAUCAAUUUUAAACCAUUUUAUAAUUUAUAUAUAAUGAAAAAUAAAUAUAAUAUUAUGUUUCA